CCACGCCACUGAAUUUUUUCGACGUAAUUGAUAAACUAUAAAUUCGCAUCUCAUGCUCCUUCCCCUCAUCAUUGAAAGAAGGAAGUGCCAUAAUAACAUCCACAAUAGCGAUAAUUAUACAAUGCAGGUCAUGCAUCAGGCGAGAGUAGACCGGCUCACUACUUCAGAGUUCAACGAUGAAGAUAUUAACGGCUACGGGGAGUUGUUGCAAAAACGGGCAAACGAGCAGCGGUCUUACCCGCGGAUUAAAGUCCUCGAUUCUUUUUUUUACACCAGCUAUAAGUUACACGGCCCGCAACGUGUAGCUGGUCGAUUUAAAAGGACCGAUAUUCACGCACUAGAUUUUAUCUUAAUACCGUGCAAUUUCAAGGGCAAUCAUUGGAUCCUUUGCGUCGUUGAUCUGCGCGGUCGCUGUAUCAUCAUCUUCGACAGCUUAUUCAAAGCUGAGACCGCGCAGGUAGUCCUAAACGACGUAAAGCGAUUUAUGGGUUAUAUGUGUGAGAAGUCGUGGGGUAAUCUUUCGUGGAUAAACAUCUACGCGGCCAAAUGCCCCCAACAGCUCAAUCUUAAAGACUGCGGCCCUUAUUGUCUCGUAUUCGCUGAGGCUGUUUGCCGUCGCGCCAAGAUGAUCCUCCCCGAAGCGUUCCCAUCGGGUACGUCACUCCAACUCGAGAUCAUGCGUCAGCUGUUCGAGAGGGUUGUGGGGCCACUAUCCGAGAGCGCGGGGGAGCCAGAUCUACCGACACCUUUUCUUUGGCCGCCACGCGAGCAGUUUCAAUUUGUAGACCAGCCGCUCCCAGUAGAAGUUAAUAUGAUGCCGAACAUGCCAUCCACCGCGCCAAUCGAUUUGAUAACGCCCCCAUCUGACAGUCCGCCACCGCCACGAGUUCCAGAGCCCGAUUCUCUGGCCGCCUUAAGGAGAUUCGUCAGGGAAGCUCCAUUCAUGAUGAGGAUAGAUCGCCAGCGCCUGCGCUUCACUGACGGAAGUACAAUCAGGUUUUGGCCGGCUCAAGCGGAGGAAUACUUGAAAUCAAAGGACUGAGACGCAUAUAUAAUUUUAUCCUCAGCACUCUCCAGCAAAGGCAAGGCUCCGAACUUUCUCUUCCGCUACUCCAUGGGCACGAUACAAAAUGACCGUUUUCGUCUCCGGUCAUCUCGUAAAGC